AUGAAUAUAAAGAUCUGGGAUAUAACAACUGGUGAUAAUCCUAGAACUUUUGCCUCUCAUAAAAAACGUAUUACAGAUAUUGCAAUGAUUGAAAAAGGUCGAAAUUUUGUUUCUUCAUCAUUAGAUGGAACUAUCAAGUUGUGGGAUUGCGGGUCAGGAUCAAACUUCUGUACAUUAAAAAGGAAAGAAAGCUUAAAUGAUGGAGUUACAUCUGUUCAUAUUACCGAAAAGGUUAAAGAAACCGCUGGUACAGAGACAAGCUCUAGAUAUCCAGAAGAAUUUGGGACAGAGAAUAAAAUUUUAUUAGCUGGUCAUAUCUCGGGUGUUAUAUCUGGUUUUGACUUAUGCACAAAGCAAGAAUUAUUUUCGGUACCUUCAAUGGGUGGCUCUGUGGAAAGUAUAUCAGGUGUUCACGAUCAAUCAUGUCAUCUUAUUGUCGGUUAUUCCGAUGGAGUAGUUGCCAAAUGGGAUAUUUCUGAUAUUUCCAAACCUUUAAAGAAGUUUAGAAUACCCGGUAAAAAUGUUAUUAAUAUGUCACUCGAUAAUAGUAUAGGAUUGAUAUCGAAUGAACUUAGUGUUUUUCAAAUUGAUAAUAAUUUGGAACAGAUCACUUUAGCAAAAGAUGAUGAUCAAAUAUCUGGCUUGAAAGUUGGGGAAAAACUCUACAUCAAUACAAAUUUUGGAGAUAUAUUUGUUUAUAGUAAAUGA